UAAUAAAUACUGUUUUAAGUCCUGGGCAAGCUGGAAAGGAUUCCACUGUGGUCAAAUGUCUGUGGAAGUAGAAGCUGAUGAAACAGGACCUUCAACCCUAGAGGCUUAAGAUAAUAGCUUCUAGAAAUGGCUACAGGGCCACCAGAUGAGCUGAGAGGAGUGAGAUGGAUUGAUGCAUAGCCAAUGGGUCCUUAGGGGAAAAGCAGGCAGGGCUGAGGGAGGCUAUGGGGAGGCGUAGGGGAGGUGCCAAAGAGGAAAGAGAGGUCUGAAGGGCAGACCUUGUCUGGCUUGGACCAUCUGACAUUGCUGCCUUGCAACAUGUAAAUUUGAUACAAAAAAUUUAAUUUCCAUUAGUAGUCAUUUUAAUUUCAGAAGGAAAGCACUCAGCAUUGUUAUCAAAUUAAAUCCCUUAGGUUUUUGAGUUUCCUUGGUAGAGAUCCCACCUCAGUCCUCCUUCCAACCCAGGCAUCUGCUGCUUCGUUAGGCUCUGCUGGAUAAGGAGGAGAGUUGGAGAGUUCACACAAUGAUAAUGCUUUAGAUGAUUUUAUAGUAAUUUAGAGUUUACAAAGGAUUGUCUCAUUUAUUUUCUAUAAUAACCUUUUGAAAUUGAAGUAACCCCCACUUUGCAGAGCAAAGCAGAGACUUGGUCCAAGUAGCUGAUGAGCAGCAAAGCCAGAACUCAGCCUGAGGCUUUCCAGCCCAGGGCCAUCAGGUUUCCUCCAUUCCACCACCAGCAUGUUAACAUGGGACAUGUUUAAGCAUAUUUUACUUUUGAUUGGCUCCUAGAAGGAUCUUGACGCAAUGAGGGUCAGAUAGAUUUUGGGAGUUUGAGAGCAAUGGCAAGUUCUGGGGCAGAAAGGGAAGAUAAGGAAGAGAUCUAAUGGGGAGGAAAGGAGUGUAGACCUUGAGGUGGGCAGGAAGUCUACACAGAUCCAGUGUGCAACUUGAACCUUCUGCAAGAAGAUAAGGGAAGUUUCCACAUGCAGAGGAUCUCUAUUCAUGGAGGCUGGCCUAAGUAAUAAGGUCCUUACUGGAAGGCAGCAUGUCCAAUUUUGCUUUGAGAAAAACGUCUCCCAUAGGAAAUGACAUGAAGAGUUCCACGCAGGGGGCCAGGCUGAGGCAACAGGAAUUUCACGAAGUGAACAAAAGAAGAACUUUCUUACAGGAUAAUAGCUGGAUAAAGAAACGUCCUGAAGAAGAAAAAGAUGAGAAUUACGGUAGGGUGGUGCUCAGCAGACACAACUCCCACGAUGCCUUGGACAGGAAAGCGCUUGAGAAACAAGAGCCAAAAGCUACAAUUAGUCGGUAUAGAUCUGAUGACACAUUGGACAGGAUCUCAGACAGAAAUGAUGCUGCUAAAACGUAUAAGGCCAAUACCUUGGAUAACCAACUAACCAAUAGGAGUAUGUCCGUGUUUAGAUCACCAGGAGCAACAAAGCCGCAACCUGGAGGUUUGUUGAGCUCCAACACUGCUAAUCCCACAGUUUCCCCCUCUGCAACUACUCCCGUAAAGAAGAAGAGACAGUCCUGGUUCCCGCCACCCCCUCCAGGUUAUAAUGUCACCCCAAGCACUGGAGCCAGCAGAAGGGAACCCGCUGUUCACCCUCCAAUACCUCCAAAGCCCAGGUCUCCUGUUUCUUCGCCGAGCCAUGUGAGACAAGACAAUAGGCAGAUAUGUCCACCUAAACCAGGAAUAUAUACAGAAACCAGUCGAUCUGCUGAAAGAAAUAUCAGGAGUCAGGAUCUUGACAACAUCAUCAAAGUGGCCACUUCACUUCAGAAAACUGACAAGGGUGAAGAAUUGGAUAAUCUCAUCAAAAUGAACAAAAGCUUGAACAGGAAUCAAGGUCUCGAUGGUAUCUUCAGAGCAAAUCUGAAGGCAGAGGAAACAGAGAAAAGAGCCAAAAGCCUUGAAAGCCUCGUCCAUGUGAAUACUCAGACAGACAAAGAUGGCAAAGGAACCCAAGGUCUUGGAAGUCUUAAAAAGGUUAAUCAAAGGACUGACAAAAAUGAGAAAGGAAGCCAAGAUCUUGAAUCUGUUAUCAAAGUGAAUGCCAGGACAGACAAAGCCAGCAGAGGAGGUGAAGACCUUGGUAAUGUUAUAAAAGUGACUCCCAGGGGAAAUGAAAAUACUACUGGAAAACAAGACCUCAGCGGGCUUACUAAAGUGGGUCCUGAAACAAAUAAAAAUAUUAGGAGGGGCCAGAGCCUCGACAAUCUCAUCAACGUGACCCCAGAAGUAAAUAGAAGUAACCAAGGUUCAAAAGAUCUUAAUAACCUCAUCAAAGUGAAUUCAAGAACAGAAAAACGUAUGCAAGGGCACCAAAGUCUUGAGAGCCUCAUCAAAGUGGCUCCUGAAACAAACAGAAUUAACCAAAGGAACCAAGACCCAGGCAAUCUUACCAAAGUGAUCCCCCCAGGAAAAGAAAGCAGUGAACAAGGUCUUGAUGAAUAUAUUAAUGUAAGCCCCAACGCUGUCAAGAACUCCUCUGGAAACCAAGAUCUCGAUAAGCUUAUCAAAGUGAACCCUGAAAUCCUCACAACCAACCAAAGAAAACAAGGUUUUGAUAACCUCAUCAGAGUGAAUCCUGCAGCACUUAGGAACAAUCAGAGCCAAGACUUGGACAAGCUUAUUAAAGUGAAACCUUCGGCUCUCCGAAACACUAAUCGAGACCAGGACCUGGACAAUUUAAUUGAAGUAAAUUCUGAUGUAUUUGAAAACAAGAAUGGAAGGCUAGAUAGCCGAGUCAAUGGACUCACCAGUGCUCUCCACAACCAGUCCCUGAGAUCCUCUGCCUAUUCUUACGAAGCCAGGGACAAUCUCAGCUCCAGUGUUGGAACCAAGCACGUAGGACCAAAGGAUACUGUUGUGUACACAAGGACGUAUGUGGAGAAUAGUAAAUCACCAAGGGACGAAUAUCAGGAGAAUAUCUCUGGAAAAUACAUACAAACUGUUUAUUCAACUUCAGAUAGGUCUGUCAUUGAAAGAGAUAUGUGCACUUAUUGUCGAAAACCCUUGGGUGUAGAAACUAAAAUGAUUUUAGAUGAAUUACAAAUUUGUUGCCAUUCUACUUGCUUUAAGUGUGAAAUAUGUAAGCAGCCUUUGGAAAAUCUAAAAGCAGGCGACAGUAUUUGGAUUUACAGGCACACAAUACACUGUGAACCUUGCUACUCUAAAGUGAUGGCAAAGUGGAUUCAAUAACUCUGGCACAUGAAAAUCAAGAUGAAAAGCAUUCAUUGAAAAAUCAGUUAAAAGUUUUAAGAAUAUAAUCUAGAAAAGCGUUUUCAUUGAAGAUCAACUUGCAUAAAAUUAAUUCUGCUACUGCAUAAAUAAUCUUAUUGCCUUCUAUAAUGUGGUACAUAUAAAAAGAACCAUCUGGUAUCUGGCUAGAUUUAGCUAUAAAAAGUGUGGAUAGUUCUAGUUACUAUUACCAAAGGAAUGAUGCUUCUGAUAGGCGGUGAGCAUUGUCACCCAAGCCAGGUUCAUACCUGCUCCAUACAAUGGCUGGGUGUCAUGAUCUCCAUUAUAACAAAAUUUCUAAUUUUUUCACAUUUAUUUCCCCAAGAAUUUGGAUUCACAGACUUGUUGACAUCCUGACAAACUGUUAAGGAAACAAGAUUAUACUUCUGCAAAAGAAAUGCUAAUAGAAAUUUUCUUAUGAGGUUUGCCAGAAAGAUGUUAACAUAAAAAGUUGUAUAGGCCUUAGAAAAUCAUUUAUACUUUCCAGAUCUCUGUGCCAUUACUUGUAGCAUGAAGGACAUUGAACAAAAUGAUUUCUAGGGUUCCCUGUUGCUCCUCAAAUUCUCUGAUUCUCAAGCAAGUUUUAGUUUGCUUUUUAAAAACAUAUCUGUAUGUGUUUGUUAAAUAAUGAGCUGACAGGAAUAUAAACAAUUUAACCUUAGUAUUGUCCUUCAGUUUAAUCACACACAAAGGGUUUAGAAACUGUAUUUUAAAAACAGAAAGAAAUGGAUUUAUGGGUAAUAAGUAAAAUCAUACAACAUGUGUAGGUUACAUGUUAUAAUUUGUGAAAUUUUCUUUGCAUGCAUUUCAAAAUCUGGGUUAUACAAGUAAUCUGUGAGACAUGAUGGUUAUAGAUUACAGACACAUGUUCUUUAACAAGUUCUCUAGUAUGUUGCAUAUAUUCAUAUUACAUAGCACUUUAUAUUUACAAAAGGCUUAUAAAAAUAAACUAUCAGUUAUACAGGAAUUUUUUUGUGGCGUGUCUUUUAAUAGUCACUAAUACUGAUUUUGUCAGUUACAGUGAUCGCAAUUUAUUAUAUUCUCUGCUAUGCUAAUUAACUUAUUUUUUUAAUUGCUCAAGUGAUAACUUUUAUUUUUAAAGAACUUUUUCUGAAGCAAUUGAAGAUUCGGUAAUCAUGUGAGAAUUGGUAUUAUUGACAUCAAGAAAUUGAAUUUGUAAACCAUUUUAUAUGCAUAUUUCAUAAGCAACUUUUUAUAGAAAGGGGCUUAUGGAACAUUGGGGUGGGGGUGGAAUUCUAGAGAAGUUUUAAGGCAGUUGUGAAAAAUUGAUAUGAACUAGGGACAUUAAAAUAUAGUCAUGUGUUUUCUGAAUGUUGAUAAAUUCAAAGAAUUAUUCUCCUUUAUAAUAUUUUCAUGCAUCUGUUCCUGUUAGAGAUUGGUUCAUAAAGUGUUAAACAGAAAAUGCUUAUCAAAAUACAGCAAUGUGUAAUUGUUGUCCUUUGGAGAGAGAGCCAGAAAAAACAAUUAAUAAUAAUUUGAUAUUCAUUAAUUCAUGCUUGAUGAGAAGCAGUGGUAAUUGAGCCAUAUGUUUUAUUGUUCUUUUAUUACAUGCUAUCACAGUGGAUCAAAAGAAAUAAUUUUCUUAGAGUUGAAAUUCACUGCAGAAAAGC